CCAAUCCAUUGGUUUCCUCGGUAUGCAUAAGGAGUUUUCCUCACGUUAUUAUACUUCACAGUCCAGCCACCAGCACCAAUUUUUGCACAAGUUUCAAAGUAGGCCAAUGACCCAGCUGACCCUGAUAAUGGCCCUGGUGAACCUGGUCCAGAUGCACGUGCACCAACACCAUUUGAGUUUGGAUUAGCAAGCGUCCAAGUUUUAGCAUAGAAUGGUACACCAAGAUUCAAUUUUCUAGCUGGGCAACCAUUAUUAAUCCAGUAUGACACACCAGCACUCUAAAGGAGAGUAAAUUUUUUAAUUUUUUAAAAACACUCUGAUUUUUUAAAUAACAAAUUGGUAUACUUUUUUUACCACGACAUUUAUUUAUUAAAAAAUUUAUUUAGAUGACUUACAACAGUGUCCUUGUCAUUUGCUCCAGGUCCAUAUAGACCAGCUUGCAUGCCAGUUACAGGAUCCUCUGCAUUAUGAAGAUCAUAAGCCAUUAAAUUAACAAAAUCUAGAUUGUUGCAAACUCCUCUGAUAUCGUACGAAGGCCUGGCAGUCCAUUCGGAUGAUGGAACAGCAGCCGUCAAGAGAUAUCGAUUGCCAAAACUAUUUUUGAAUUCUCUUACAAAAGCAGUAUAAUUUGGAACAUCUUGGGGACUUGCACCGUUACCUUGAGCAGGAUAUUCCCAAUCAAGAUCAAGACCAUCAAGGUUGUGGUUUUUCAUAAAUCUAAUCGAAUUUUGGAUAAACUGUCCUCGAGAAUUCGGUGAUGAAACAAGUCUUGAAAAUCUUUUUGAUCCUUCCGCACCUCCUCCAACUGCCACCAUUGUCUUGAGAUUUCGAUUUAUGUUUUUUAGAGCUCGGAGUUUAUUGAUACCAUCUGUUCCUCUCUCUGGUAAUUUUAUGUCAUUAUUAUCAGUAAGACCAACAAAAGAAUAUAUCACGUGGGUGCAAAGAUUUGCAUCAACGUUGUCAAUGUCAAAUCUUGCACGACCUGGGCGACCAAUUGUCCAAUCGGCAACGUAACAGACGACAUUUUCUAUUAAAAAAAUAAUGAAAAAAUUAAUUGGAUAAUUACAUAAAUAAUUGGAUGAUUUGAUGCUUAACUUACUUGCAUGAGUUGUGACAACACUUGCUUCUAAAACGACAGCCAACAAAAAUAUUACUCCUCGCAUUUUUAUAGUUUUUUUAAUUGUCAAUCCAACCGGGUGAAUAAUAAGUUUUAAUGAGCAACUGUACUCAUUUGAAAUCUAUUCAACAACUGAACUAUAUUGAUCGUGAUUAUAUAUAACAUAAAGUUUUUUUUAUCUAUUCUUACAUCAACAUACAGUAUUUAGCUACGCAGUAUCUGAGAGUUUAAAGUGUAUUAGUUGAUCGCGGAAAAGUAUACAGAUGACCUUGAUUAGAUAAUAGGAUAGAAAAAGUAAAAAUAUUGAAAUAUAAACAAGUAAUUAAUUGGAAAUUUAAACUAGUAGAAAAUGACUUAAACAAAUCGUUUGAAAAACUAAAAAAAUACGUGUAAUUAUCUAUCUAAGAACACCACCAGCUUGAGCUCAUUAUUCAUGGACCCCAUCGAUUUUUAAUUAAGCCAUUAAAAAAGGGGAAAAAAAAAAGAAAAUACAAGAUACAGAUUGAAAAAUAUGAAGGUUUAUAUUUUUCAAAUUCUCCUAUAUUUUUAUUAUUAUUAACUCGAAGAAGUUAAUUUAAUAAACAUUGAUUGAUUUUCUAUAGAAUUUUAAAUUUUUUAUUUCAAAUACCGGCUUGUUAUUGGUUGAGAUAUUUGUGCAGCUGCGCACCAAUCACAAAUCAAUUCCGAUGACAGACUAUCUUCUAGGGACUCUACAAAAAAUGGCUAAAAAAAAUAAUACUAAAAAAAAAAAUUAAAGUCAAUGUUUUGGUAACAACAGUAACAACAAUACAUAUCAGCUGACAACUUAUAAUCGUCAUAAUAGUAUUAUUUAUAAACUCUCUAAACACAAUAACAAAAGAAAAAAAAAAAACAAAAACGUCAAGUCUGCCUGAUAGUUAAUUAAACAAAAAUGGUUGAUAUUAAAAGUAAUGUUAGUUUUUCUUGUCAAAGAUGUUUACAACCUUUAAAAUUAGACUCAAGUUUUGAUCAACUUGGUGAACAUACAUUGGCUGAAUUAUCACUUCCAAUACAACAACAGGUUGUUGGUGAAAUUGAACAACAAAUUGGAAGUCUUGAAAAUUUAGUGCCACCAUUUAGACUGACUGAAUCAGCAAAUGGUACAAAUGGUUUUAUGUUGGUUGGUGAUUCAGGUGAAACAGAGAGUUUAAGUCAUCAUUUACGUGUACGUGCAACAUUAUUUGACAUAUUGAGCAGUACAAGUGCUGCUGAUCAUCCAUUGUGUGAUGAAUGUACUGACAGUUUGUUGAUGUUGAUGGAUCAACAAUUGCGAUUAACAGAAGGUGAAUGGUCAGAUUAUUGUGAAUAUUCAAAAAAACUAGAAGAAGAAGAUCAACAACAAGGAAAUGAAAAUUUAGAAUUAAUUAAUUUAACAAAAGAAUUAGCUGAUGUUAAAGCUGAAGAAGAAAGAAUGAUUCAAGAAUUAGAAGCAUUAAGAAAAGAAGAAGCUGUUACGAGAAAUGCAAUUGCUGAACAGGAACAAGAACGAGACAGAUUGCAGAAUGAAGAACGAAGAUAUUGGAAAGAAUAUUCAAGACACAGAAGAGAUCUUAUUUUAGCUGAAGAUGAGUGUCGAAGCUUAGAGUGUCAACUUGCUUACACAUCAUCACAACUUGAAAGACUAAAAAAAACAAAUGUAUUUAAUGCGACAUUUCAUAUUUGGCAAUCUGGACAUUUUGGUACAAUUAAUUCAUUUAGACUUGGACGUUUACCAAGUGCACCAGUUGAUUGGAGUGAAAUAAAUGCAGCAUGGGGACAAACAACUCUAUUAUUAACAUCACUUGCUAGAAAAAUGAAUUUAACAUUUCAACGUUUUCGUCUUGUACCAUUUGGUAAUCAUAGUUACAUUGAAGUUUUAGAUCAAAAAAAAGAAUUACCAUUAUAUGGCAGUGGAGGAUUUAAAUUUUUAUGGGAUACUAAAUUUGAUGCAGCAAUGGUUGCUUUUCUUGAUUGUCUUCAACAAUUUAAAGAACAAGUUGAAAAAGGUGAUAGCGGUUUUUGUUUGCCUUAUAAAAUGGAUAGAGGAAAAAUUGAAGAUUCAGCAACUGGAAAUUCUUAUUCAAUCAAAAUUCAAUUUAAUUCUGAAGAACAAUGGACAAAGGCACUUAAAUUUUUGUUAACAAAUUUAAAAUGGGGCCUUGCUUGGGUCAGUUCACAAUUUACAAAAGAUGAAUCUGAACAAUAA